CCGGGUCAACGCCACUCUCUAAACCAUCUGGAUAAUUUCAAAUGUUAAACUCCUCUUUCACCUGUGCGAUGUUCGAUGCGUGUGUAUUUGCAUUAUAUGGUCAUUUCGCCCUCUGCUCAUCCGCUUAUUAGCGGUUAAGUGCGGGUCGCUUCUGCAGAAAAAAGUUCAUCUAGACACCGGACAGUUGUGAUAAAUCUUCAUCUUUGCGAUCUGAGACUUCAUAUCGAAUCGCAGAAACAUGGCCAUAAUAGGGAGACUCUCCACCAAAGGCUCAGUGCUGUUUCUGUGUGACAUGCAGGAGAAAUUUAGACCCGCGAUCUACCAAUUCACAAAUAUUGUGAGCAAUGCCGCAAGAUUACUACAGGCAUGUCAAAUCUUGAACAUCCCCCAGAUAUUGACAGAGCAGUACCCCAAAGGUCUGGGCCCCACGGUUCCUGAACUGGGUGCAGAUGGGCUAAAGCCUCAUGAAAAGACCAGUUUCUCCAUGCUGACAGACAGUGUGAAGAGCUCACUGAAGACCCUGGGAGAUCCUCAGCAGGUCAUUCUGUGUGGCAUUGAGGCUCAAGCCUGCAUCGCGUGCACAACCUUUGAUCUCCUCGAGCAAGGCAUGGAGGUUCACAUUGUAGCAGAUGCGGUCUCUGCUCGAAGCCAAACAGAUCGGCUUUUUGCACUGUCUCGACUGAAGCAGAGUGGAGCGUUUCUUACCACCACAGAGGGAGUUUUAUUACAACUAGUGCAGAAUGCCAAGCACCCCAACUUUAAAGAAAUCCAGAAGCUCCUGGCCCACCCCUCCCCUGACACAGGCCUGCUGGCCUUAUACAGCUCUCUGUAGUGCCAGCCACACACACCACACCCUACAGACAUGAGUACAUAAAUUACUGUAAUUUAACAUAAACUCUUGAAUAUUGCGCUGUUGCAUUUUCAAAUAAUCGUAUUUUCAAAGAAACUAAAUAUUUAAAACGGUGUAAUAAAGGCUGUAAUAUAUGUUUAGUUAUUCAGUAUUAAGAAAUAAAAACAAAAUGAAACAACCAAAAUUAGCAGUUAUUCUGUAUUAUAUUUUCUGCAAACAUUGCAUAUGAAAAUCUAAAUAAAUUCUGGCAUAAUUUCUUUA